UAACAAAGUGAUCGUUUUUCGUUUCAGCCGAUGGCAUGACGUAUUCGUUCGGCGUGUUCUAUGCAGAGUUCCUGACCUACUUCGAUGAGGGUAAAGGGAAGACCGCUUGGAUCGUCUCUAUCCUCGUAGGGGUCACACUCAGUUCCGGUCCCAUAUCAAGUUCGUUUGUGAACCGGUGGGGAUGUCGCGCGGUGACGGUGGCCGGCGCACUGCUGUCCGCCGUCUGCGUGGUCCUCUCAUCUUUCGCCGGGAACGUGCUUACUCUCAUCUUCACCAUCGGAGUCGGCACUGGCUUCGGCUUUGGACUAAUCUACCUUCCAGCCAUCGUCAGUGUCACUGUCUGGUUCGAGCGGUAUAGAAGUUUGGCUACCGGAAUAGCGGUGUGUGGAUCAGGCCUUGGGACAUUUUUGUUUGCGCCAAUCACAUCAGCUUUGAUCGAAAAUUAUGGAUGGCGCGGAGCUAUGGCUAUCAUCGGUGCCUUAAUACUGAAUUGCGUUCCCUUAGGUCUUAUAUUCAAACCUGUCCCUGAACCUCCCAGAACACCAGCAUCAGAACCAAUGUUACCAAAACAUAAUAAGUCUCCUUUAAAACGAUCUCAAAGUACUGAACAUGUUUUAAGAGCAAAUGGGAAGGUUGAUGAUACUGACAUUGCUAGACUAACGCUGUCUCAGCCUGCUCUGAACAAACCACAUGAACAGAGGCCUCCACACUCGAGGCACGGGAGUGGAAUCAUGCAGAGGCCCGAUGUUUUAUACCAAGGAAGCAUGACCAGUCUCGCUAGAUUUAGAUCAACGUCACCUGAGAGAACAAUCACAGUCAAGGAAGAACCCGAAGUGAAGUGCGGCUGGUUACCUUGCUCAACAGAAUUCAAAGCAGUCCUAGCAGAAAUGUUGGAUUUAUCUCUCCUUGUAGACCCUAUUUUUAUUCUAUUCGCAGUAUCAAACUUUUUAACGAGUAUCGGGUUUUAUAUCCCGUACGUUUAUACGGUACCAAUGAGCGAACAACUUGGAAUUGAGAAUCCGCCAUAUUUAAUUUCGAUAAUUGGAGGCUCGAACUUGGUGGGAAGAAUUAUUCUUGGAUACAUCAGUGAUAAGCCUUGGGUAGAUCGCUUGCUAGCUUAUAAUCUGUGCCUUACUAUAGCAGGUUUCGGUACGGCCAUGGCCACUGUUUGCUGGGAGUUUUGGGGUCUCGCUUUAUACGCUACUACUUUUGGCUUCACUAUCGGAGCCUACGUUGGAUUGACGUCUGUUGUUCUAGUGGACCUUUUGGGCAUUGAAAAGCUGACUAACGCAUUUGGUCUGCUUCUACUAUUCCAAGGAAUUGCUUCUCUAAUAGGCCCACCUUUUGCAGGUUGGUUGUACGAUACGCUUAAUUCGUAUGCACCUGGUUUCUACGUUGCGGGAGGCACGAUAUCGCUGAGUGGACUCAUACUGUUCCUAAUUCCCGUGAUCGAGAGGCGACAGCAGAGGAAGUGGGAGGAGAACACAGCGAUGGAGCAGAUAUAGCAGGACGAGAUAGGCGGGGGGCGUGAGGGGCGCGGGGGGCACGGGGGGCGCGGCUUCCCCGUGAUCGUGCUCAACAGCCCCUCCACGCCGUCCUCCACCAGCUCCACCGAGGACACCUACAGCAACAGGGUAUACAAAACUACAAUAAUAGAAGAGAACAAUAAGUUUAAUGUUUAUGAUGAUGAAGAUAGUUGUGACUUUGUAAAUAUCAAUGAGAUGGAUGAAUGCGAUGAACGCCUCGAUACGAACUAUCGAACCCAUUCCAGAAGAAAUGUGAGUGAAUGUGAGAUUUAUGAAUAACUAGUGUUUAAAGAAAAGGUGCAAUAUAAAUCUUGUGUUACAACUUAAUGUUAAUUUGAUUUAUAUUUAAUCUAAGUGCCGACGUCUACACGUAUCCUAAGAACUGCAACCAAUCGAUAAUUAGUUUUUAAUAGAACAUGUAUAAUAUAUUAUAUGUAUAUUCAAUAAUAAUGAAAAUAUUACGUUAAGAUAACUUAAAAAGGUAUUGGUAGUCCUAUUGUAACGAAGAGCGAAAUUGGCAACUAUUUGUUACGAGGGCGGCGAAUUGGAAUAAGUAAAAAUAAGUAUCUAGAGAAGUGUCGACUAGUCGUGGUGUAUUGUGUGUGCAUGUACUAUACUCCAUAUUAUGGCCUUACUGUGGACCAAUCGUGGGUAGAAUAUGAUGUCAUCAAAGUACCUAGUAAAGGCAAAUUGCUUUUUGUAAAUUUAAAUGUAAUUACAUAAUCAAAUACAUAAUGCUGCGGCUAUUUAAUUUCCUAUAUAGCUACUGUUAUUUUCGUCUGUCAGUAGUGAUAUUUUCCGCGUUGUGUUCAGUAGUAUAAUUUGUUGAGUAGUGCUAGUUCGAAUUCCGUUUCUGCCUUCUCUAAAUAUACAUGUAAUGUACAUUUCGACUGAAUUAGGUAACCAUACAAUGUAUCAUACUAUGUAACUGGACUGCGCUGAUAUUCUUCGUACAAAUCUUUUUCUCUGUAUAAUAUUGUUGGCAUUCUUGUAAUCGUAUUUAAUACGGUUUCAUACAUUAUUUAAUGUUACUAUUAUGUAUACUAUACAUAAAUAUCUAAAAUUAUAAUAUAUUUAAACUGACUA